AUGUAUCCUUAUUUUUUCAGGCAUCUUCAAAAUGUAUCCCACAUUGGCAAGCUCGUUAUUGCGUCCGAAGAAGCAAUUGCAAAAGGAAUCCGUCGUAUUGUCGGUCUGACAGGUCCAGAAGCAGAACGUGCUAUUCAUCGGGCUGAUCGCUUGGAAGCACGUCUUGCCGAAGAAUCAAAAGAAGUUCAAAACAAGGAUAUCAUUUCAAACAAGGAGAAGUUCAAGGCGCUUCAAAAGAAAAUUCAGGAGAUCGUUGAUGAAGCGAAUGGAGCUCUGUUGCCGUACUGGAGAAAGGAUGCGAUCAGGGAGUCGGCCAAAGGAUUGCAGAAGACAUUAGAUGGAUAUUCGAAAGCUGUGCAGGCUGCCGUUGCCGAAAAGAUUCUUGCUGAAGCGAAGGAGCUCGCAGCUGCUCCAGAGCAGCAAUCAGUUCUUGUUCAUGUGUUCUCACCAAAUGCUAACAGCAAGGCUAUCGAUAACGCAUUGAAGUUAUUGAAAGAUGUCAAGGCUGUAAUGGCGUUCUCCGUAAAUGAAGAUAAUGGAAAAGUGCUAUGCAUGGCCAAAGUGGAUAAGACCCUGAUUUCAAACGGAUUGAAGGCCAAUGAUUGGGUGAAUGAAGUUUGCACCGUUCUCGGUGGAAGAGGAGGUGGCAAAGAUGCCAAUGCUCAGGCAACCGGAGACCGUGCCGAUAAAGUCGAUGCCGCUGUUGAGCUUGCUUAUUCGUUUGCCAAAACGACGAUUGUUUAA